UAUUCACAUUAUACUAUUUUGAAUUUUUUUUCCACACCACAAUCUGAAACUCAUCAUUAAAUUUUCGACUGACUAAAAAAUGGAAAAAUCUAUUAUCGAUCCGAAGUUUGAGUACGAAGCGUGCAAAUUUGUAGAUUUCGCGAAAUUACAAGAUGAAGAUGACACAGAUGUUGAUUCUUGGUUCGACAAUAGACGAGGAGAUGACGAAGGUAUUGUUAUUCCAGAAGAAAUUAACGAAGCUCCUCUAAAGGCAACCCCAAAACCAGAGAGAAACAGCACUUCAAAUAAAGACACGUUGCUUAAAAAAAUGGGAACAGAAGAAUCAAUUCAUGACAACGACAACGAAGUAGCAACAAAACAUGAAAUAAAAAGAGAGAAUGUUCAAAACGCAAUUGAAAUUGUUGAAAAUCACCAUGAUAUUACUGAGAAAAAGCCUGCAAGUUUAUCAAGGAACGAGGAAGACAAAUGUGAACCAAAAAUUGUCCUAGAAUGCCAAGAGAUGAAAAGCAUGAGAAACAGUAAGAAUUCUGAUGAUGUCUCAUGUCCAAUAGUCCAAACUGAAAAUGUGCAGAACCAGAAGGAAGUGAAUGAUGAGGACGACAAAGUUCAACAUCAUGAUUCUCAAUUGAAAGCAAUUGAUAAUGUGACAGAAGAAAGUAAUAUUGAUGUUGAGAAAGGGAAAGAAACAAUGGACAAUGAGAAGAAACAAAGUGAAACUGUGACUGUAAAGGAAAUUCAAUUAGAUGAUACCAAGAACAGUGACACAUCAUCAGAAACAUCUUCUACUGACCAACCAAGAAAACCAGAAAGUUUGAGCAGGGCUUCGAAGAGAAGAAAUCGUUCUUUGAAUUCAACGGGACUUGCCAAUGCUGCUAAAAGGAAAAGGCAGACAAGAUCAUCUGCAGGAAGUGAGAGAAGCCGCCGUUCAAGAUCAAGAUCAAAUAUUCCAGAGUUGAAACCCCAGGAAGUCACUGUACCUGUAACACCACAAUGCCUGAAGCGUCAGAAAACCAACAAGCCUACAAUGAUCAAACUGAAAACAACCGAAGAACUUGAGAUGGAAUGCAUUGCUAAACUUCGCAAGCAAACCAAGAACCACAUCAAAGCAAAUGAGAACAUGAUGAAAAAAGCAUUUUCAUGUACCUCGGUUAAGCCAGUAAAAACAAAUUGCAUUAGUCUAACACAACCACAGGAGUUUAAUUUUCAAACUGAAAGAAGGAUAAAGCAAAAUCCAGAAAUAUCAAACCAAUCAUCAGACACAGUUAGUGAAGAUGUUGAAAAGGGAUUUUGGAACAGUUUAAGACAACAUCCACCUUCACCGACAUGGAAAAAUCGUAGUGUAACAAUACCAAAACCUUUCAAUCUGAGUAAUGGUGGACAAAAGAAACGCAAGCAUGCGACAAUGGAGAAAGACGCCGGUGUAGACAGUGAUUCAUACGUUCCCGUAGCUCUUCAAGUUUACAAGUUUCAAACUUCAACGCCUCCAAGAUUUCAUACUAAGGCAGCAAACGAUAAAAACAUGCCCUGUGCAAACAACCCAGAACACAGUAAUGACAAUACGGUUGUCACGAAGACAAAAUCGCGUAUCGUCCCGAAGACACCGAAUCUGAGCACCAAGACGCGCUCACGUCCCGUUGGUAGUGACGUGUUGAGUUGGCAAGAACAAGAAGAGAAAGAAGUUGAAAAAAUGAAAAACUAUACCUUCAAAGCAAAACCGUUUGACCGUCGCAUUGUAGAAUGCGAUGGCAUGUACGGAAUCCCAGUGAAAUAUCACGAGGCUAUCGCACCCACAAAACCUGAACCAUUCUCGUUCGAGUCUGACGAGCGUCAACUAAAAAGAAAAGAGAAAUCAUCUACAGAGGAAACGACAGCAGUGAAUUUCAAAGCGAUGCCGCAACCAAAUUUCGAGAAAAUUUUCCGGCCUCAACUGAAGCACGAACACACAGAACCGAAACCGUUCUCGUUUAUUGAGAAAGACAAAGAAAGAUGGCAGAAAAAAGAAGAGAAAAUCCAAGACGUCUAUAAGGAAGAAGAAAAGCUAAGAGAAUUCAAAGCUCAACCGUUACCAUCAGAUUCGCCGGAUCCAUUGCCAGCUGUUGCAACGAGAUGUGGUACAAACAUGAUGCCAUUUUCAUUAAAUACUGACAACAGAGGAGCGAAAAAGGCAGAAAAAUGGAUACAGAAGAUUAAAACAGAACUGGAAGAAAGUCGAACGAACGCCACUUUCAAAGCAAAGCCAUGUAAAGUUGUCCACGACGCUCCAUUUGUGCCGCAGAAAUCGAAGAAACCUUUGACUGAAGUCAGCGAGUUCACAUUGAACACGAACAGUCGCGCGGAGCGACACGAAGAACUGGAAAUGAACAAGAAAGAACGCGAACAGAUUGACGAAGAAUUACGAAGAGAGCGCGAUGCUCAACGAGAGAAGGAGGAACAAGAAGCCCUUGUUAAGUUGAGGCAACAAUUGGUUCAUAAGGCUCAACCGAUUCACAAAUACAAGAAUGUAAAAAUAAAACCGAGCGAUAAGCCACUGACCGAAGCUCAAUCGCCCGUUUGGAGUGAAAUGAAGCGACGUAGAGUUGAAAACACAAGAUGAACGCUGGCCGUUAGCACCAUCGUCCUGAUCAUUAACUAAACUGAGGCUUAUUAAUGAUUUUUUAAGUAUAACUCUAUUAAUUUAUAAAUACGACUAGCUAAAUUAAUACAAGGUUAUAAGUUCUUGUAUUUCUCGUUUUGUCUUUUAUGUAAGUAGAAAUCAACGAUAAAUAUCUUUAUUCAUUGUAACAUCACGUAGAUUCACGAUCAUUGUACUUUGGUAAAAUUUCUUUAUAAAUUUAUCAUUGUUUAGAUUUUUA